AUGUACCGGUCUCUUUACGCUUUUCGAUCCACCGAGCCCAACUCCCUGCACUUCUCCGCCGGAGAGAGCUUCCUUAUCCUGGAGAGGAGCAACAAACACUGGUGGUUGGGCUCCCGCUGCUGUUCGGGUGAAACUGGCUUCGUCCCUUCAUCGUAUAUUGAGAAAAUAGAGGCCCCAGAGCAGGAUGAAGUGUUACAGUCUAUUGAUCAAGCCAUUGAGGGCAUCCACAAUGUGGCCUUAAAGAAUGGAGGCAAAUACAAUCUCGAGCAACGUGAUGUUUUACAAAAAUUGAUUCAUCACCGAAAAGAAACGCUUGCACGGCGGAGCUCCUCUUCGGCCAGUAACAGAUCUGGCAUACCGUCCUCCAGCAGCGAGAUCUCACUGAGCCAAACUCCUAACCCUCCCAAUGGCCUUAACCGGGAAUAUGGACGCCAGGGAAGCAUGCCACUAUCAGGAAGUAUGGACAAUAUGCAAGGAGAGCACGGAUUUUAUCAAGUGCCACCUCAGCCUCGACGUGCAGCUCCCAUCGUCCCUCCAGAGAAACGGGACAUCAGCCGUCGACCUGAGCCCGAAGUCCCGUCCCGAGGUUCCUCUCUGCCCCCCUCCCCUGCCCCCUCCAUGAGCUCCGCCUCAUUAGAGUCUGCCCACUCUCUGGUCUCCUCUGAGGUUAGCCUGCCCAGUGUCUCCAGCACGCCCCCUCCACCUGUGCCUUCUCGUGUCAAAGCUCCUCCACCUCCGGACGUCCUUCCUUCAGACUCCUCUGCUCCCGGGAAGAAAAGCCCAGCUCCGCAGCCCCCUCAGCCCUCACAGCCCCCCCAGGCCAAAGCCGACACGGACAAUGACUGGCCCGUUGCCCCUCCGUCCAUUGCAGAGAGCCCCCCUGGCAGCCCCGCCAUGUCCCGUGCCAAGACGGUAUCCAUGACGAUUGGCCCGGAGUUGAUUGAGCUGGUGCGGAAGAACACAGGCCUGAGUUAUGAGCUGUCCCGUGUGGCAGUGGGCAUCGUGGUCGGACACCUGCAAACGGCGCUGCCUCAGGCCUCCUCAGCUUUGGAGCAAGUGCUGCUGUCUCUGGUGGAAAGCAAGGAUUUUAGUGCUGCUCUGCCCCAGGGGCAGGUGUGUCACGACGAGCAGCGGCUGGAGGUGAUUUUCAGUGAUCUUACUCGACAUGGUGAAGACUCUCAGCAGCGCAGCUGGGCUCUGCACGAGGACCACGCGCUCAUCGCCUGCUACUUAGAAGAGCUGCUCAAGAUACUGACAGACGCAGAUCCUGAAGUCUGUAAGAGAAUGUGCAAGACCAACCGCUGUGAAAAUGUGAUCUCACUUGUCACUUAUUAUCAAAUGGAGCACCGUGUGUCUCUGCGGCUGCUGCUUCUGAAGGUGUUCGGAGCCAUGUGCAGUUUGGACGCUGCUCUCAUCUCAACUCUGCUCAACUCCAUCCUGCCCAUGGAGCUGGCGCGGGAUCUUCAGACCGACAAACAAGAGCACCAAAAGAUGUGCUACACAGCUUUGGUUCUCACAAUGAUCUUUUCGAUGGGGGAGCAGGUGCCAUAUCAUCAUUAUGAACACUUGAACAAUGAAUUUGUGCAGUUUCUUUUGGACGUUGUUGAGGAUGGACUUCCGUCGGAUCCCACAGAGCAACUGCCCGAUAUCUUCCUCAACCUCCUUCUUUCUUUCAAUCUUCAUCACACCUCACCAAGCAACAAUGUGAUUAUGCAAGAAAUAACCAAGAAAAAUGUCAAGAUACUUACUGAAAAAGUCGUAUUGCUUCUAAACCGAGGAGAUGACCCAGUGUGUAUGUUCACUCACACACCUCCUGCUCCUCACUCGGUGCUUAAGUUUCUUCAGGAUGUGUUCGCCAGUAAAGACACUUCUGAAAUCUUCUACCACACCGACAUGAUGGUGAUGAUCGACAUUGCAGUUCGACAAAUUUCAGACCUUUCGCCCGGAGACAAGCUGCGCAUGGAGUACCUCUCCCUGAUGCACUCCAUAAUCCGCUCCACAGACUAUCUCACACACCAGCACCGACUCUCUGACCUGCAGGGGGCGCUACAGAGGAUCCUUCGGGAAGAGGAGGACCCCAAGGAGGAUGAGGGCAGCGCUACAGCCAAACAAAUGGAUAAGCUCAUAGUGCUUGCAGAGUCCAGUCCUGAAUGCUGGCAGAUCGCAAAUCCCUCUGAAGAGAAGACAUACACACUCGCAAACAUGUCCAAGCAGCCGCAGCCAAUCAGCCCCUUGAAGAACUUCUUCGCUGGGGGCUUUGGAGGGAUCUGUCUCGUCGUUGCUGGACAUCCCCUUGACACGAUCAAAGUGCGUUUACAGACUCAGCCAAAGCCCAAACCUGGAGAGAGCCUUGUGUAUGCCGGGACAAUAGAUUGUUUCAAAAAGACAUUGGCUAAAGAGGGAGUUAAAGGACUUUAUAAAGGCAUGGCUGCCCCAAUCAUUGGCGUCACGCCUAUGUUCGCAGUUUGCUUUUUUGGAUUUGGUUUGGGAAAGAAACUGCAGCAAAAAACCCCUGAUGAUAUCCUUACGUAUCCACAGUUAUUUGCUGCUGGGAUGUUGUCUGGCAUUUUCACCACAGCAAUCAUGGCACCAGGAGAGCGGAUCAAAUGUCUACUACAGAUACAAGCAGCCAGUGGUCAACCAGUGAAAUACAAUGGGCCAAUGGACUGUGUCAAACAGCUGUACAAAGAAUCUGGCAUCAGAGGCAUCUACAAAGGCACAGCUCUGACUCUAAUGAGAGACGUACCAGCCAGUGGCAUGUACUUUAUGUCUUAUGAGUGGCUCAAAAACCUCCUCACACCUCCAGGAAGAAGCCCUAGUGACCUGAGUAUUCCCAGUGUCCUGUUUGCUGGAGGGAUGGCAGGGAUCUUUAACUGGGCAGUGGCCAUUCCCCCGGAUGUCCUCAAGUCACGCUUCCAAACAGCUCCUGAAGGGAAGUACCCCAAUGGCUUCCGGGACGUUCUACGUGAGCUGAUCCGAGAAGAGGGGAUCGGCUCUCUGUAUAAAGGCUUCAAUGCAGUGAUGCUGAGAGCUUUUCCUGCAAACGCUGCUUGCUUCUUAGGUUUUGAAAUGGCCAUGAAGUUCCUAAAUUGGUUGGCGCCAAAUCUGUGA